AUGAGUGAAACAAUCACCGCGAGCGACAGCAGUGGCAGCCGCCGCCAGCUCUACAUCUACCUCGCUUGGGGAACUGGCAUCUUUGUUGUCCUCUUCGCCGUUGUAGUCUUGCUUGUUUACCUCAUUCUCAGGCCCUGCCGGCCAAGCUUCAUUCUCCAAGACAUGACUGUUUACAACUUCAACUCUUCCACCGCACCACCCUUCGCUCUCACCACCAAGAUGCAGGUGACACUCUCCUCUACAAACCCUAAUUCUAGGGUUGGCAUAGCGUACCAAUCCGGCAUGGACAUCUACGCCGUGUACCGAGACCAGCAGAUCACGUUGGCAUCUCUCUUGCCUGGAACGUACCAAGGGCACAAAGAGCCUGUGGUGUGGUCGCCGCUUUUGAAUGGCGAUAGCGUGCCGAUAUCUCCAUUGUCCGGGGAGGCCUUUGCACAAGAUCUGAAUGCUGGGACGGUGAUGAUAAAAAUCAAGCUUGACGGGAAGGUGAUGUGGAAGGUGGGCACUUGGAUUUCGGGCAAUUAUCACUUGAACGUGCUGUGCACGGGUAAUAUCAAGUUUGGUGAUAUGAUCAUCAAGGGUCAGCCGACGGAUCCUUGCAUUGUGGAAAUUGGUCUAUAA